ACUUUCAUUUCUGAUGAAAUAGUCUGUUUUCUGAUGAUCCGUAAUAACCAUGGCAUUUUCUGCAGAAUAAAUGCAACUGAAGACGUGAAUGGGAUCCCGAGUAGCUAACGACAGAUAAGAGGCUGGUGAUAAUAUGGAAGCAGAGUCUUGUGCCAGUGAAACUUUGGAUUCCAGACCAGCUUUCAGCCCUGUGCCUCACUUUGACCUCAACAAUGUGACCCCAGACAAGAAUGCUGACAGACCUCCCCGAGGAUGUCCUCUUCCAUUCUCCAAAACACAGGACUCCAACACACCCAGCACAUCUCAAAGAAGCCCAGUUCAUGUCAGAUUUGGAACAUGUGGACUUCGUUCAGACACAUAUCUCCGCCAUGCACUGUCUAGUCCUUAUCAUAAACACCCUUCCAUGGUGUCUGUUCAGACUGACUAUGGCAGUCCACUCCUGUUCAAAACUCCGAUCAGAGAGGCUGGUUCCACGCCUAGCAGCAGCCGUGCCAAAACUCCCAAUGGAUCCAGGCUCCAUCCCGGAGUAGCCAAUCAUCUGACGCCUCAGAGUCAUGUGAUGAGCAACCCCUUUGACAUGACAGGUGACCGUGUACAUUUCCCAGGAUUCAGUCCUGGUUUGUUUACUGUUAUGUCGACGCCAGCAGGAGAGGAUGGGAAAACCUUCCGUUGGUCAAUAGAGCACAUUGCUGCCUUGAACCCAGCUAACAUCGAGGAUAUGCCGGAACAGCAGGAACAUGGACUCGACCGAGAGGCAGAAGAGAGAGCACAGCAGGCCAUCUCACACUACUUUGCCUCCCAACUCAUCGUCCCUUCCCCCUGGAACGCACCUGAGAGGAAAUACUUCAGCCCCUGCACCCCGGUCACUCAGUCCGGAGCCAACAGACCAACACAGAUAUUUCCGGAGGAUCUACAAGGUUCUAUACAGAAGGAGCUGAAUAAACUCCGGAAAAGUCAGGAGGUGUCUUGCCAAACAACAUUGUCCCUGCCGGUGGACUUCGAUAUGCAAACUGUGCUGGGAGAGUACAUGAACUCUGAAACAACCGAGGAGACAAAUCAAGAAGCUCUCAGCACGUCCUCGUUGCGACGGAAACUCUUCUUCCAAGGGGAAACAACUACGACUUUAAGUCCUGUCAAGAGUGAAACAAGGCUCCUGGAAGAGUUAUCCUCGCCACCAGCAUCACCUCUAGCCCAGACAACUCCAGAAUGGGACAAACAGACCUACAGGACAUCAUCAUCGGGUCAGUUUUCCUCAAGUCCUAUCAAAGGUCCUUCUGAACCAUUCUUCAGGAGAACAUCAUCUGAAGCUGACUUCCUGGCUUCACCAGAGUUAUCUCCCAUUAACAAAAAGCGCUCUAACAGAGGUGCAUUCUGUCGGUCGUCCGGUUGUGGAGUACCAGACGAAGAAGAAAGUUUUACAUUUACCUGUAACACCAAGCGGCGGUUGUCUCCCUUGCCAAUGCCUGACAUGUCACCAAUUGGCUGUGAUCCUGAUGAUGAGUAUGACAUAAAGAGGCGGUUAUCUCCCUUACCCAUGCCGGACGUGUCUCCUAUUAGUUGUGAUCGUAAUGACGGAGGUGAUCUAAGACAGCGAUUAUCUCCCUUGCCUAUGCCGGACAUGUCACCGAUUAGUGUUGAUGGAAGUGUUCCACGUUGUCGUCAGUCAGCGUCAGUGCCAAACAUGUCACCAAUCUAUCACAGACAUAAAGAGACAAUGGACACCCAACAGUUGCCAGUGGCAGACGUGUCUCCCAUCACAUUCAAGUCUGCUUCGGAGGGGGAAAAUCUGGGUGCAUCUUACUUACCAGAACCCAGUUCGAGCACCUAUCAGAUGAAUCAUCAACACCACAAGCAGAAGACUGCAGACAAUUAAACAGAAUUCCCUCCUUUGGUGCAGCAGAUCCUGCUCCUAAGGGACCAGUUAUGGCUUUCAGGAAAUCCAUUGCCAUGGAAACCGAUUCAUCCAGUCAGGACGGGUUCUACUUCCAAGUAGACAAUAAGACCUACACCUUUAACUUUGGCCAGGACGUCUCAAUGGACGACAUGGACACAGCAAGGCGACUAUGCACCCCAGCCUAGUUCAGCCAAUCAGGACACAGGAUACCAAACUGCCAGUCUCCAAAUGACCACUCACGAUACAGGACUUCAUACAAAUCUCACCAGUCAGUUCAGCUCUCUGCCUUUCAAAUCUGAGUGCAGUAUAGAUCAAAAUGAGUUGGAAGACAGUGUGGCCUCCAAAGACUGUCCACAUGUGUGUUUGGACUUUGAUCAGCCGAGUGACAACGAUCCCUUACAAAGUGACUCUGGUUUGGCAGAGGACAGAGUGUUAGAACGUGCACGGCAGAUUUUAGCUCGCACCAGUGACAAGUCUUCUGCGCAAACAUGUGAAUUAGACGGCAGUAUUAGCCAAUCAGCAUCCCUUCCAAUCCAGCCAAUCAGCUCCUCAACACCAACAAAACGAUGCAGACGCGAAUAGAGAGAAAGAUCGCCAUUAUAGAUAAACCAUCCAAAGGGAAUUGUCAGCUUGCCAGUGACGUGGCUUCAGAGUUGUUGAAACGAGCUGGAGAAGACCUAGCGAAAUAUUGCCCCGAAACGAAGCCCAUGUCCACAUCAUGACGAUGCAUCAGUCAUUAGCCGUGACAACAGGAUUAGAUGAGACAUGUUUUGUCACUUUGACAUGUCACUCAUGCAGUUUGAGUUGAAACGUUUCUAAUAUCUUAAUGAUCCACAUAUUCAAGUCUUGAAUCUCCUCAACACAGUGCUGAGACAAAUAGCCAUUAUAUUUAUUAGUAUAGAUGCCAAAGCAGAAGUCAGCAUGUGAUAGAGCCUUCAGUUUACCUUUUGGCUGAAGAUUAUCUACUUUCUAUUUAGAAAAAAAACCCAAGAACACUGUCAUUGAUGAGGUAUCCAUGUUUUUUGUCAGGUUUGUAGUGGAAAACCUGUACUGAUUCUUAACAUAUUGAGGUAACACUAUUAAAUCAGGAAGCAAAUUCUUAAUUGACAACUCCAUACCUCAGAACACAUAUGAUCUCAGAAUCCCUCCAUUGUGUACAUGGAAUCACCCACACAAUGUGUGGGACAAUCCAUGUUAGGUCUUUAGGGGAUACAAACUGUGAUUGGUUUCUUAUUAAAAGCCAUCUAAUUUAUUAUUCAGUUUAUUUUAUCUUUGUGUGAUCAUUGUGUGUGUUAUGUGAUAGGCAUUCUGAACAUCAGUUUUAAUUUCAUGGUGGGAACUCCUGAUUGGCAGGAAGCAGGGGCUAGUAGAUUUGUGAACCUCGUGUUUUUCUCAUAAUUCUUUUGGUGUAUUGGGGUAAAACACAAAUGGUAAUACUGCUUUUUAAGUAACUCAAGUCCAGGAUGUUUAGUAUGCACGCUUGCACGGGUGUGUGCGCACGCACAUGCACACACAUACACACUCGCACAUGCACACACAAAGACAUAGACCUACAUACUUACAUUCAGUUUUUCUGCUGGCUUUUUACAGCUGGACAUUGAGACCGACUAGCAUUUCAAAUAUUAGUCAUUUGUAAAUUUUACCUGUCAAGUCAUCACGCUUUUCAUUGUGCUUGAGACCUUGCACCCUAACGAACUAAUCAGAAUUGUAGAGGGUAUCGCAGUGCACCAAUGCCACUAUUUUUAGCCUGGGGUUUUCCAAAACUGCUAUUUUUUUUUUUGACAACACCUCGAUGUCAUCAUGAAAACCUAAUCUUUUUCGAGAAGAAAUAGAAUUGAAAGAGGUAAUUAGAAAAAUGAUUUUAAAAUUUGCCUGACACAAUGACCGACAGCUUAUGAAAUUACCAGACAUUCUUACUUUGUACCAGUCAAAGUCCGGUGUAUACCAGAUAACAGAAACACUGAUUGCAUGCGUACGUACAUACACACACACACACACACACACACACACACACACACACACACACACACACACACACACACACACACACACACACACACACACACACACACACACAUACAUUACUUCUAAGAAGACUUGAGAAGUAGGUUGCAGUGGCAAAAGACAGCAUUUGUAUAUUUGAUCAGUUAUUGCAUAAAGAGUUAGUACUUAUGGCUUUUUUAGAAAUAUAUGAUUUUUGGAAGUGUAUCUUUAUAUUUUUUCUAACCUAUAAAAGUUUUUCAUGAUUGUGGAUUUUGACUUGUCGCUGGAUAAUGUAAACUCAGAAAAUGAAGUUGUGUCAUGUAUCCUACCAGAAGGUUCAUUAAUAAUAGGUUAAUUAAUUAUAAAUGAGUCAAAACAAUUAGUAGUGUGGGGAGAAAAAGUCUUCCAAGAAAAUUGUUUGUGGUUUUGAGUUAGGAAUAUUUAGGAUCAAUAGUAUCUUUGCAACAUAAAUUGAUGCAUCACUGAUUUGUUACAGAAGCUAUGUUGUGUAUUAUUCAACAGUAGCCCAUGCAAGAGGCCUUUACCACCUCCACUUGUAAGGAAUAGGACUUCUUUGAGUGGCAUUUUAGAAGUUGGGAAGUACAACCUAGAACAAACUUUUUGGAUAAUGUUGCACUUACGAAAUAAAUGAAGUUGUUAUCCAUAAAGUUUGUUCUAUAUUGUAUGGAAUAAGACUGUUGGAAUGUACUGUAUUCAUUUGCAUGUUGUUUUGUUCAAACAGAUGUGAUAGGCAGCACCAUUUUGUCCACUGCACAGCUGGGGAACGUUUUGUCAUGAGGGUUUCUCUUUAUACCUGAUUACGAUGCAGGGCCUAGAUUUUCUAAGCUCUCUUAGCUAAGAUAGUCGAAAGUGCCUUCAUUAACAUUAACUUACGACUAUCUUAGCGCUAAGAGAGCCUCGAAAAUCUAGGCCCUGAUGAGCGUGUAGGUCUUGUGAGCAUUAUCAUAGCAGCAGUCAUGAUCACCAGGGGUUGCGUUUAGUUUUAAAAUAUUAUUUCAUGUCUACAGUUUUAGUUCAUAAAAAAAAUAAUCAUCUGCAUUCUGUUCACUUAGAUGGACUGUCUUCUUUUGUUUCAUGAUUUUUAAAUAUGCAGGGUUGGAAAAUAUUAGUCACUGAAAGUCUUUCUAUAUGUUUGUCAGUUGUUUUGUGUUAAUUUUCAAUAUAAAUAUUGCUGAAAAUAUAUAGCCAAGGGAAAAUGUUUUUCAUUUAAUUUAAUUAACUCUAACUAAAAAACAACCAAUAUGAGAUCAGUAGAGAAGUGUAUAUAGAGAUUAAUGCAUAUAUAAAAUAAUGUAGCCUGUCACACACAAAAUCAUGUAUGCAGGAUGCCAACCCAUACGAUAUUGUCAUAUUCCUUACGAAAAACAACACAAAAUACGCAACUACGA